UGACAUGAAUAAUUACAAAGGAAAAACAGAAACGUGCAAUAUGGCGGUCAUCAGAACUUCCUUAGGAUGCAGCAAUAACCCAACGUUAAAAAGCAACAACUCAAUAUAAUUCACGCCAAAAGCACCGUGAAUCUAUUCAGAUGAAACAAGAAGGCUGCAAAUUUUUAUUUUUCGUUUGCUGUGAUUAUUCAUAAAGACGAAAAGUUAUUCUAACGAACUUUGAUGAUAACUUUCUUGGAUACUAUAGUUAACUCAAGCACGUUUUAGGUACAUUUUGGAGGGAACGAAGAUUCAGUUCGAUUCAGAAGAUGGUGCACAGGCUGGAAGAGUUAACCGAGCAGCAUUCCGCAAAAUGCUGUACAUCUUCGACUUACAAAUCCAUCUUCUAUUUCGUGGCGAUAUUGGCGACGAUUCAUUUUAUUCUUCUAGUACUUUGGUACAGGCAUCCGGCAUUGAUUGACAGUAUUGGAAUAACACCAAGGAAUAAUUCACAGAUUUUUUCCCCGAGGAUAACAGGUAACGUUUUUCUGAUCAUUUUAAUCAACACUAUUCCGAAGAACGUUGAGCGGCGAAUGACGCUUCGUAAGACGUGGGUUGGAACAGCUAAUGGCGGACCAAUGACUUCAAAUCUUGACCUGAAAGUUCAUAGAGAUUUGGGAGUUUAUUGCGUUUUCAUGGUAGCGGUGUCCGAUGUCUUAUCAGAUAACAAAAAACUUCAUAACGAAGCGGCGAGAUAUAAUGAUAUUCUCCGCAUAAACACAGUGGAAUCGUACAGAAACAUGAUCACAAAAGUAUGGGGAGGCUAUGAAUGGGCUUUCAAAUUGAAUCCCCGAUUCUUCAUGAAAACGGAUGAUGAUAUUUACGUGGAUUUGCCUCACUUGGUUCACUGGCUGCAUGAUCCGUCUUUACCGCGGAAAUUAUACGCGGGCUGGGUCCUUCACCACGGAAGAGUGAUGAGAAACCCAGGGAAUGACUGGUACGUGAGUCAUGCGGAUUUCCAUGAAAGGUAUUACCCAGAUUACUGCAUCGGUCCUUUCUACGUUCUCUCUGGCAGUCUUCUAGGAAAUAUUCUCACGAACAAGAAAAAUGUCAAAAUGUUUAAUGUGGAGGACGCAUAUCUUGGUGUUCUGUUGAGGUAUUUGCAUGUGUCGCCUUUGAAUGUAGGGAAGACUUUUGUCUGGGAACCGAGACUUCCGAGUAUGUUACCCAACUGGGAGAAUGAGAAAUUUUCUGAAGUUAUUUGCCUUGGAGAGAGAUUGACCGAUAAGUUGCUUAGGUAUAUUCAUUUGAAGUAUGAGUAUAUUCACAAGACUGCGGAAUACAAGUAUAUAUCUGGCUAGAUCCGUGGUAUAGGAUACCUUGUAUAUACCUUGUAUAUAUAGUAUACCUUGUACUUAUCCGUGUUGCUAUGCAUUUAUCCCUUUUCUUAUGAAAUUUAUAACAACUACUUGCUAAUUGAAAAGAUAAUACAUUAUAAGUGAUUGCUUAUUGCAAUAGAAAAAGCACUUGCUAUGGACUUAAA